GAUUCCAGGGUCGCUGUUCCAGUCACCACGACUCCAAGAGUCACCACCGCUAGUGCUACGACUAGUCCACCUCGAGGUUAGUGUACGUCGUAGGAGCCACUGAAUCUGGGGAAGCCAGGCGUGAGGCGUGUCUCCACCGAGAGAUAACAGAGGCGACGGCGGGGGCCGGAAGAAUACGACGACGAGGCGACGACCAAGAUCCCCAAGUUAGUCUCGGAUCAACCCGACCUCUCCUGGCAUAUGGAGCCUUCCGGCACGGGCCUCGACUCUCCAAGACAGCCCGUCAGUCACGACUCGCGCCUCGUUUCUUAUCACGUCGGUCGCAUCCUGGGCUCUCCAACCGCCGCCAACACCAUUGGGGUUGAUUGACCGGAAAGCGCGCUGUCCCCUCGGCCACGGACAGAGGAGGUCUGCUAAUUUCAUGUCCCAUCUCGAGUUGUGAGCCUUGACGGCCUACACCAUAUCGCCAUCAUCACCUCGCGACCAUGGCCUCACCUCCAGCGACAGAGCCGCCCCGCCACAAUGAACCCAUCAUCAUCGUCGGCGGCGGCAUCUUUGGCCUCAGCACCGCCCUCCACCUGGCCCGACGCGGCUACCGCAACGUCACCGUCUUCGACAAGCAGGCCUGCGAGACGCUGCGCUACUCGUACCUCGACGGCGCCGACGGGGCCUCGGCCGACAUGAACAAGAUCAUCAGGUCCGCGUACGGCGCCCAGACAGAGUACCAGGCCCUCUCGGCCGAGGCCAUUGCAGCGUGGAAGCAGUGGAACGACGAGCUGGCCUCGGGCGCCACUGUGCCCACCGGCAUGAGCCACGACGACCGCGUCUUCGUCCAGAACGGUAAUCUCUCGCUGUCCACCGACGCCGAGCUGCCCCCAUGGGAGGUCGCCUGCAUCAAGGGCAUGGAGGCCGCCGGCUACCCAGACAAGAUGCUGGACACGACCAACCCGCGGCACCGCCAGUUGGCUGAGGCGGCGGGCAUGGGCUUCGCCCUAGACCCGUUCCGCCAGGCCGAGCGACAGAAGCCAAACGUCGGCGUCCUGGACACGACUGGCGGCAUGGCUGUCGCGGACAAGGCGUGCCGCUUCGCCCUGCAUACAGCCAAGCUGCUCGGGGUCAAGUUUGUCCUAGGGCCCGAGGAGGGCCACCUCGAGUCCAUCUGCUAUGACCAUGAAGCCGACGACGACGACACCAAGGACAACGCUCGACGCGUCCUGGGCAUCAAGACCCGCGAUGGCAAGACGCAUGCAGCGGCCAUGACCGUCCUGGCCUGCGGCGGAUGGACGCCUGUCCUCCUCCCCCAGCUCGACGGUCUGUGUGAGGCGACAGCCGGCAGCGUCGCCCUCCUUCACAUCCCAGACGCCUCGCCGCUCCGCGCCCGCCUGCACCCGGACAACUUCCCCACGUGGACGUGGAACAUUCGCAGCGGCGCCGAGGGCGGCCUCUACGGCUUCCCCAUCGACCAGAACGGCUGGCUCAAGGUCGGCUACCGCGGCACAAAGUACACCAACCCUCUUCGGCACAGCGACGGCGGGGAGCGCAGCACCCCAGCCACGCGGUGGUCGCCCGCACACCGCGACGGCCAGCACCCUGUCGGCGAGAGGCUGACCAGUAUUCCCGCGCAGGCCCGUCGCGUCAUCGAGCGCUUCCUCGAUGCGUAUAUGCCCGAGCUAGCGAGCGAGGGCAUUGGCAUCGCCAAGACGCGCAUCUGCUGGUACACGGACACGUUCGACAAUCACUUUGUCGUCGAUCGGGUGCCGCGUACGCAGGGUCUCAUGGUGGCCACGGGCGGCAGCGGCCAUGCCUUCAAGUACCUGCCGAAUAUUGGAGACUGGGUCGUCGAUGUCAUGGAGGGCGUCGGGCUUUCGCGGCCGGCUGUGCGGGCGUGGCGGUGGAGGAGGCCAGACGGCGAGAAUCCGCCGGUCAACACGCUGAUGACGGGCGCACGGGGCGACAGGGCGCUGCCAAACAUCACGCUCGUCAGCGAGUCGGCGCUGGGGGACCGCGCGAAGCUGUGACGGGGCCACGUGGACGCAGGGCGUUGGGCAUGA